AUGGACUACAAUGGCAAUGAACCUACAACUCAUGUGAGAUUCCCCUGGGACUCUAACAACACUCUUGCUUUAUCUGGUACCUGUCGCCAGUUUGGCUCCUUGAUUCCGUUCGACGAUGAACCCUCCUUUGCCAGAGGUUACAACCCGAACCUUCUGCCUUUCCCCAGGCAGGCCCACCGCGCUGCGGGGCUCGGGCCGUGCGGGGCGGGCGCCUGGGCAGCCCAGGGACUGGACGAGGCAAGUCCGGGCCGCUCCCUGCGCUCCGGUCUCCCAGCGACGGGAGCCAAGGCGGCACAGACACCGGAGCCGGUGACUCCGCGGCGGAGCGCAGGCGGCCGGGGCCAUGAGCUGCAGGUCCGGGUAAGCGCCCUGGGCCUGGUCUGGGGCACCACACCGGGGCCGUGCUGGGGCGUCCGGAUCUCGCGCUUUGCCGGAGCUGGAAGCAGAGUGUCGUGCGGUGGAGAGAUGAUAAGGAAUGUGCUCCGGGAGCCUAGCGAGUGUCCUGUAAUCACCGGUCCUCUGUGCUCCUCGCAUCCCGUGGGUACAGAUAGGAAGGUCCCAGUUCCACAGGUGAAGCGGCCGGCCAAGUCCUCCGCCAGGUGCAAAGAGAAGCUACCUUUCAGGCACAAGACAGGGCUGGAGCGCCCCAACUUCCUGAAUGGCCAGCGCUGGGUAUUCCUGAGACCAGGUCCCAAGGGCAGCUUUCCGCCUGGGAGUCAUCGCAAAGUCCCAGGGGCUCUGAAGGCACAGCCUGGAGAGGUGAAGGCCAGCCUGACCCCACACCCCUUGGCUCUCUACCCGGAUCUCAGAGGAACCAUGCCUGCAGAGCUCUUUGUACAGGUGCUGGAAGUACUGGAUCCUGAGAGGAAGCUUGGGGACAUGUGGGCUUCUUGUGAGGACACCAGCAAAAGAGCAGAGGAACCCAGAAAACUUCUAAAGAAACGCUGCACCAAAGUCCACCCAGGAGCUCCCAAGAAGACUCCUGCAUCACAUUCAGGUCAGUGGUUCCCUGAAGAAAAAUCAAGUGAGAUGGAGACACUCCAUGAUGACAGACCUCUUCUUCAGGAAAGCGCCCGCCAAGCGGUCAGUGACUUCUGCAACUGGCUUGCUACUUUGGGAAAUCUGAACAUUGAUGAAGAGUUUAUCCUGAAACAGUUUGACGUUGACAUUCUGAGCAGGCCAAAUUCAGAUGUCCUCCGUGUGAUGAGUCCAAGCCAGGUUCCCCCGGAGCUGUGGUGUCGUGUCAGCUUGAGGAAGGGGCCACAGCCAGAACUCUUUCAGAAGCCAAAUGAGAAGAGGAAACCCCCAAAGGCCCAGAAUCCUUGUAAGCUGAAGAGAGUGAAGAUGAGGUAUGGGGCAUGGUACCUCAACACCAAGUUGUGGAAAAAGCAUAAAGCAGAUGAACCUUUGCUUGAUCCCAAGGUCUCACAGCAAGCUCCAGAUGAGAACCCGGAAAGGAAGCUGCAAGAGCAGGAAGAGCGGCUUGCAGAGCUCCAGGGUACAGCUGCAUUCCGGGACUUCAUUCUCCGCCGGGGUUACAGGAUGCCGAGCUUCCUUGCGAAGAUAUAUGCUGGGAAGAAAGGUAACUGUGGGACUCCCAUAAAACCCAGUCAAGGCUAGAAGAUUCUGAGCAAAAUGAUUAGGGCAAGUUUAUUGACUGUGUACUUGAAGAGUGCUUUUGCUUGAUUGAAAAUGUAAAUAGAAUUUAGGAUAAAUGUCCUAUUGUGGAGGGACAAUGUUGAUUUGGCGACAUCUGUAAAUGCAAUAAUAUCUAAUACUUAAAAUAAUUCCACAUGGCUUUCUGUCUCAUGUAAUCAAUAUUUUAUGUUUUUAGUAGCUAGAAAGUCAAUAUUUACAUGUAACUGUGCAUUUACAUGUAACCUUGCAUAUCAAUUUAAAUAUUACAUAAGUAUCAAUUGCUUAUAAAAAUCAAAUAAAAAUUAAAUCAAAGCAGUUA